AUGGCAUGGCCUGCCGCGUGGCGCAUGUCGUGCUGCAAGACCCCGGCGCAGCAGGAGUCGGAGACCAUCGGUCACGGCCUGACCAGCGGCGAGGGUCAGGACCCCCGCAACCGGCAGUCCCCUGACGCCGACACGCCCCAGAAGGGGAAGUCGCGCUUGAGGUCCGAUGCCGCGCUGGUGCACCUGGAGUCCCCGAAGAGCAUGCCUGGGACAGAGACUACGGGCAUGCCCACGGCCCGGUCGCUCGCAGGCCAGCUGUCUGACAGUGAAGGCGAAGACGUCCCGGACGACUUCCGUCCUAAGGGCGCGCCCAUGGCGAAGUACACAGGCACCUACGAGCUGAACGACUGGCGGUUCCAAGUCACGCUGGACUGCAAGAAGAUCUUCUUCGACCCCUACGGCCGCGUGACCGGCGAGGUGAUGUAUCGCUGUAUGCGCGCUCCUGGAGGACAAGAUGGACUGGAUGGGCGCAGCGGCGUCGAGUCCUUCGAGGGCCGCUGGGCGGCAGAGACGCGGACCAUACUGGCUCGCGGAGUCAGGGUGUCCGACACCGAGCUGCUGCGCGUCAACAGUUCGUUCGCCUUCUUCUUCGACGACAGCUGCGUCCGCGGCUCGAUUGGCGGCAACUGGAUCCAGCUGCCCGUCGAGAAGAGGCUUCCCGUGCUGAAGCUGCCGACCCAGGGCCAAGACGAGCCUGGGCCGGCGGCGCCCCCAGAGGCGCCCGCCCAGGCGGCUGGUGGGCGCCAGAGACCCUCUCCGCUGGCGCUCAGCACGCAGGCGGAGAAGCGGACGGUGCACGCGGCGUCCCCGGUGCCAGGCCUGAACCUCCUGGCGGCGAUGGGCGUGGAGUUCGGCGGGGGCGCGGACGACGACACGGCGCGCUCGGCGCAGCUGCGGUUGGACAAGGUCGAGCAGAUUGGUGUCCUGGCGCCAGGCAGGCGGUCGCUCCUGCAGCAGGAUGCCGACUCGCUGACGGUGGUCGGCGCGGUCCGCCCGAGCGCCCCGGUGGUGCCGCUGCUGUCUUUGCCGCCGUGA